AUGAAUACGGACCUCGGGCACUUCCUCAUCGAGUUCGAAAGGGACAACCCUCUUGAUAAGAUGAGCAAAGACUUGCUCAGCAACAUAGAGUCCUUCGACGGUUUAGUAAAGAGCGACGGAUACACCUCAUGCCCGCCGCCGAAGCUGAACCAUCCACCCGCACGCCCCAGCGCUGGGCCGUUUGACUUCGAUUUCGCCACCACUUACGCGCACAACUCGCCGCAGAGUCGCACCGCGGCAAAUAGGGACCACGACAAGGAAGCCCGUGCUCGGAAAAGUAAGCAGCUCCUACCAACCAUGCCAAAGCUCACGCCCUCCUACACCUUCCCGCUGGCGUCCAGGGUCCACUGCAACUGCUUCUUCAAAAUCGUUCUGAACCACGCUGUCGCCGGAUUGUACAUUGGGAAGCACGGCUCCCACCUGAAGCGGCUGCAGGACACCCUCGACUUCAAGCUGACGCAGUCAGGCCGCGGCAUGAAGGGGGAUUUCACAGGCGUAGGAUACCCGUGCCACCGCACGAACACUACGCUGCUCUUCGAAGGCCAACUGGUCGACAUACUCCUAGCGCUACGCCCCCUUUACCGCAUCAUACAGAACGACAGACUGGCAUUAGAUGAGGAGUCCAAGCGUUUUAUCGGAAACAGGACGCUGAACAUCAAGUUCGAGCUCGAACUUGUGAUUCCCCUUGAUAGGAAGCGGGUGCUUCUGCAGGAGGCGGGCGUGAGGUGCAAUAGGUUGCGCAAGGCCGCCGGGGUGGACGUCAUCGCCGGCAAGCAAAACUAUGAAUGGGGCAAUAUCCGCGAGACCAUCAUCACCCUGCACGGAUUCGAGACAAACAUCGAAAAGGCAUGUGAAUGGCUGGGCAUAUUCCUCCAAGAUUCGCCAGCCGUAUACAACAGGGAAUUCACCUUCAUGGAUUAUCCGAAGUACAGCUUGGCGAUACCAGAUGCGUCCUACAACCCCAAGGCAAGUCAGAUGCCGGCCGGCAAAAUCCCUUAG